GAGCACAGACAGAGGGCCCUUUCUUACACGGGGUGGGCAGGGCAGGGAGAAGUGACUCUGCCCUGAGAGAGUGACACACACAGGGAGAGAGGAAGAGAGAGAGGGAAAGAGAGAGACAGACAGAGAGAAAGAGAGCGAGAGGCAGAAAGAGCGCCUUUCAAUACAGACCAAGUAUGGGGCAAAGUUGAGAGCUUAGAGUAUAUCAACAAAAAGCAGCAGCAGAUAUUGAUGAGGAUAUACAAGGAAGAGGAAAGGAGGAAGAGGAGCUUUACUGGCCUGGACUUCUAAAGUGUUUGCCGAAAAUCUCUCAGAGCCAGAGGAGAAUGGAUUAAAAUAGACAGGAGACUUCAGAGGACCUGAGGUAGAAUCCACAAAUCCCAAAAGAGGGACACAAACAAACUACUCUGAGAGGCAGACUCCAUAGACCUUCCCAUCGCAGCAAGGAAUGAUCGGAAUCAUUACAGCAACUGAAGGAUUUCAAAGGAAAACGUCCAUCUCUCAUAAAACAAUUGAUCUUUGGUCUUCAAACUAUCAUAAAUAAUGCUUUGGUCUUUAAACCUCCAGACAAGGCACUUAAGGAAGGAGGGGAGGAUAAAGAGAUUCUCCCUGCAUCAAUGAAUUUUCCAGUCUCUUGCUAUCCUCCCUUGGCAUGUGCUACUAUAUCAGCAACAUCUUCACUAUCAAGAGUUCACAAGCACUAGAUCAGGGUCAAAUCACCAUAGAAACAAUCCCCUUCCUGGUAACAGCAACACCCUUGGCUGACUAAUUCAAUCAUCUAUCCUUGUUUGCUAUUGUGGUUGGCUUCUUCAAUAGAUGACACUCAAAAGGAGUUGCUAAGACACUGUCAGUGAACCAUGAAGGAAGACAUCUUGGAUUUUUUCAGUAACUUGUGGAAGGUGGCCACCACCAAGCAUGACCAGGGGAUCUACAAUACAGUCUGCCUGGUGGUGCUGCUAACCCUGCCUAUGGUGGUGCUCUUCACUUCUCUGGUGGUGUGCUGCCACUGCUGCUGCUGUCGCCGGGCCAACUCCACUGGUUGCUGCGGAGACAGCCCAAGAUCAGACACAGCAAAAUCAGACAAAAAGAAGAAGAAGAGUCCCAAAAAUGAGGACUUCUGGAUCUCGGUCAAAACAGGACCUAUGACACCAGACAGGGUUGCCCUGACGAUGGUGUAGUAGUCGUGACUGAUGUUCAGAUAAGGUUUCAUUCUUUUGUAUUUAUAUUCAGCUCUUUUUUACUGCAAGGUACAGGUACAUAAUGCCGGGCAAGGCCAGCCUUAGCCUUUUAAAGGCCCUAAGCGAUAUUUGUUUUUAAGUUUUAAAGUUAAUUUCCUGCAAUUCUACACAUUUUGCCAUGGGGUGUACAGAAAAUGUUGCAGUUUUAAAUCACCUUUUUGCAGUUUUACACAUUUUGCCUUGGCUCAGAAAUAACUUUUUGCAAUUUUAUAACAAAUUUCAUGCCAUUCUACACAUUUUGCUAUGGGGCAGAGAUACAUUUUUUGACCGUUUGAAAGCAACUUUCCUGUAAUUCUACAUAUGUUGCCAUGAUUUAAUGAUAUCUGAGUGACAGUGACUAACAAAAUCAAUGAGGGCCCCAUGGAGGUCAGGGCCCCUAGGCACGUGAACUGCGUGCCAGGUCGGUAUUCGGCCAAUGUUACUACAGGUUUAGAUAGCUGGGUAGACUAACUUAACAAUCUUAACAUUGUUAGCUGACGUGUCUAAUUGAGUGAUUGUCUGUGACUGACAUCACAAGAGAAAAAUUGCUGAUGCACAACCAAAUUUCGAACUUUCCCCUUGUAUAUUCUACUAUUCUAAAUCUCAACAGUAAGUGGAGUUUAGUUUUUUUUGGCGGGGGCCCCCUAACAGCCUGGGGUCCUAAGUGAACACAUGUCGUUUAUGCCUGGAGCCGGCACUGGUGUUCAAUAUGCUACAUAGAAAAUCUUGAAAGAGACUAAAAGAACCAAUAAUAUGUGAUUGAUUGCGUGUGUGCGUGCAUACAUAUGUGUGCCUGUGCAUAUGCACGUACGUGUUACUGCACCUUGAAGCUAGUUCCACCGCAUUUUUUUAUUGUUUCCUUCUAAUCACAGACUGAUUUAGACCUGAAACACCAGGUGUGUGCAAUUACCUAUCAGGUAGAACAUAAAACCAGCAGGCUCCAGACCUCAAAGGGUAAGAGUUGAAUACCCCUGUGUUAGAGUGUGCACUCAACCAGAAGGUUGAGGACUGCUUUCUAUUUCCAAUGCUGGAGGCCAGCAAUCUAGUAUUGUGAUUCGGUUAUAUUCGGUUAAAGAUAAUAUUUUUUAUAGGUUAGACCAUUUCAAGUUCAAAGCACUUGCAGUUAUUGCACUUACAAUGUGAACAAUGUGAACUUAUGUAACUACUUUGAAAUCUUUUGCUGUAUUUGCUAUAUCCACUAAAUGGAGAUCUCAAUUCCAUUCAUGAGUUGACUAUCAAUCGCUGGAUUUAAAAGAACGAAGUGAAGCACUGAGAUCUUUCAUUUACAUUCCCGUAGAGUAUGCUAAAGCUCAGUAUUGUUGAUGAAUGAGUGUUUCUACCCAACAGUUCCAUGUGUUACGCUACCUUAUGCUCAGAUUGCCAUGUGUACUGUCUUGCACUGUCCCUAUUGGUUCAUAAAAUCAUUAUGUGUUAUUAUUAUUAUCUCCAGGCUCUCAGACUUUGGGGUGCUAAGUGGAUCCUUCGUACAUCUUUAUCCCUCAGUGCCAAUAGCCAUCAUUUCACAUGUAGUGAUAUUUACUGGCAUAUCAUAGUUGAGGUACUACACCAUCAUUCAGUAUUUUCUACACCAUUGUGUUGAUAAAACAUAAGGUGUGUGCAUAUGGGGCGUUGUGUGCAAAAUACACACAUUUUGGGGCGGCAGGUAGCCUAGUGGUUAGAGCGUCGGGCCAGUAGCCAAAAGGUUGCUAUAUCGAAUCCCUGAGCUGACAAGGUAAAAAUAUGUUGUUCUACCCCUGAACAAGGCAGUUAACCCACUGUUCCUAGGCUGUCAUUGUAAAUACGAUUUUGUUCUUAUUGACUUGCCUAGUUAAAUAAAUAAAAAUAUGUGUGCAAAUAGAAGUUUAUAAUUGAUUUAAAAAUUCGGUGACAAAUCAGUUUAAUUUGUUACUUUUUUAUUAUCGCUGUUUUAAGAUCCUUAUUUUGAGCCUAAUAGGCUUCUGUAUUAGUUAUUCACUAAACUUUGAUCGAGCCAAAUUAUGCAUUAGAACAUACAGGUAACUGCCAAAAUGAAGGAAACACCAACAUAAAUAGAGCGUUGGGCACCACAAGCAGCAAGAACAGUUUCAAGGCGCUGUGGCAUAGAUUCUAUAGUCUGGAACUCCAUUGGAGGGACACAACACUGUUUCCCACAAUAAAUUCCAUAAUUUGGUGUUUUGUUCAUGGUGGUGGAAAACUCUUCUUCUAGUCAUGCCAAAACAAUGGGAAACUGGGUAUUUUACAUAUGACCCUAAGCAUGAUGGGAUGUUAACUGCUUAAUUAACUCAGGAACCACACCUGCGUAAAAGUACUUGCUUUCAAUAUAAUUGAUAUCACUCAUGUAGGGCUUUAUUCAAUCAGAUCCGCUUUAGCCGACAUCCAGAUAGCGGUGGUUUUGACGUGUCAGAAGUGGAACUGUGUUACAGCUGUCAAAUCCACAAGCGGCUCCUGGCAUUAUAGCCUACCUAAAGGGGACAUUGCCAUUGACUGCAUGAAUUCGCAUUAAGAUCAAUCUCAUGCAGCCUUGUUUACAAGUUUGAGCACUGGAAUGUGAGAUGUAAUCUACACCUCAAUUAGGCUGAUAGAAAUCCUCAUUAUUUGAAUUAUUUUUGAUUUGAACAUCAUUAUUUCUGUAUAGCCUACACCCUCGGUUUGAACUUUUAAUGCAAGGGUGAUGGGUUACAAUGAUCAAGAGCAGCUGCUCUACAAUUUGACAGCUCCAACGCAGUUAUACCUUCGACACUGCCAGAACAUCAGUUAUGAGGGUGGCGGCUAUCGCCAGUUAAUGCUUGAUCUGAUUGAAUCUAGGCCUUACUCAAGUGUUUCCUUUAUUUUGUCAGUUACCUAUAUAUUCUGUCUGUUUGUUAUCACACAAGAAAUCGCUGAGGUGAUACAUUUUCAAGUUAUGAGCUCAGGCCACACUGGCGACUGCAUGAAUCAUGUAUCCUGUCAUUUGAUUUUUCAAAACAGCUGGAGAAAAGAGGAACAAAAUAAAGUAUUUUUGUAGCUUUGUUGAUUCUUUGUUGGUUGGUUCACGUGUGGUUCACAAUACAUGUGUUUAGAAGAUUUCUGGUAUCUUGUUUGUUGCAUAAAUUGACUUCAUGCCUAGAGAACUUGGGCAAAUGUAUCAUAAUUUAAUCUGAUAUUUGGUAACCAACAUAAAGCAUUAGCAUCCA